AUGAACUGUAAACCAAUUCUGACGUAUUCCGGCGAUGUUCGGGUUUUUAAAACACUCGAACCGCACAUUGUGGCCGCUUUACCAUCGGACACAGCGGAAUGGAAACGAUCGUAUGGACGUCCGGUGAAGAACGUUCGCGUCGAGGCAACCUUCAAGCCGUUCGAUCAGAACGUGCUCGAAAAGUACAAGGAUGGCAAAUGGAACAUCGUGGAUCAUCCAGUACUGCAUAUAUACGUGACGGAAUGUAGCGACAUCGAAGCAUACCGGGCGUCGGUAAAGGAGGAAAUCGACCAAUGGCUCAAGGUGCUAAACAACUAUAACGUAACCGAUUGGAUGAUUCUCUUGGUCGAAACGUUGGAUAUGAAGAAAUCCAAAAACAUCCUACCCCGCACAACGGUGCUAGAUAAGAUACGACUCGACUUUGCCUCCAAGAAUGGGGACCGAUGUUUGUCCAUCUUAAAUCCGGCCAAGUUUGAAAUGAAAGCCACAGAAUCGUUCCGUUGCUUGCUGCAGCGCAUUCGGCACCUCAUGCUGACGGGCUACAACAGAACCAUCGUCAAGUACGAAGAACUCAUUCGUACGAACAGGGAAAAUCGUAUACAGGAGAACUGGAGUUUCAUCGACUAUUUUGUACUGCAAGAACAGCUGGCCUUUGUGCUGGAAAUGCUCGGUCAGUACCCGGAAGCAUUGGUACAGUACGAUGAGCUAGAUGCAAUGUUCUCGCAAUUUAUUCUGAAUUCCGUUUUUGGAGAGAAACAGAAAUGGCUUCACAUCUUCGACCAACCGCUCUACGCGUUCCACGGCAUAUCGCUUAAUCCAGCCAAAAUGACGGAGACGCGUGAAAAAAUCAUCUCCUGCAAUGUAACGCUACUGGAGUUUCGCAGCUACCUGUUUGAACGGCAGUGCAUGCUGCUGGAUGCCGCCGGUAAGCCGUGGGAAAUAGCCGAACGAUUGCUUCCUUUUCUAUUUUCCACGCUGCGUGAAAUCGAUGCCUUGAAACUUGAUACCCCACAAGGUGCUCUGGCGUGCUGGGAAUUUAUUUGCGCACUCGAGGUGUUAAAUCUGUGCGAUAAAGUACAGGAAUCGAAAGAUAUUUACAAAUGCUCACAGUUUUCCGCUCCGAUUUGGAACUUGGCAAAAGAGAAACUGUACAUGCUUGGCAAACAGUGCGGAUUACUGCCCGGAUUUGUUCCCACUUCGGAACAACUGCACACCGUAGUGCACUUGUCGGCGGGAAUGGGAGACAGUGUGCCAGAGAUGGGAAGCAGCGGAGGGUUACGAAAUCUCGAGCCGGAAAUAAGCGAUCGCACAAACGCUAAAUCCGCCCACUCACCAGCUAGAAAACCGAAAAAAUCUGCCACAGAUACGCUAAAGGAAGCACUCGGUUCUAAUCAGGCAUUUACAAAGCUUUACCUCGAGCUUAGUGAAUUGGCUAUCAGCACGUACAAGCAUGUUUCACGCUUACGAUCAGCCAGAUUGGUGGGACUGGAUCUCGGCAAUUUUUAUAUCACGCUCAACGAACCACAGAAGGCGGUAAACUUCUUUACCGAUGUUUUGCGCGAACUGAAAUCGGAAAAUUGGCACUAUCUUGCAAGCCAGACGCUUCUCGACCUGGCUUCAUGCUACCGAAAGAUGGAGGACAAUGUGAACUACACAAAAACAUGCAGCACUAUCGCGUGCUGUCAGGAUUUGGAGCUACUAGUAAGAACAUUCUACUUUGACGAAUUUAUGAAAUCCCUCAAAACGUUACAAUCCGUGCGCAAUAUGGAUAUAAACGCACUCAGUGUGAUCAGCACACUGGAGGAUCAUUUCCUGGUGGUAAACGUGCGCCUAGAUAGCACAUCGAUCGUUCAGGAUGAUUUCAUACUUGUUACACUUGACUUGGAAAGCAACUUUCCGCGCGAGCUCAUAGUUGAACAGGUGUUGCUAUCGUUCGAGAUGAACGCAAAGCAAUCACUUGAACCGACAACAAUACCGGCAACAAGCGCGUUGAGAGAAGUUGGUACAAAAUUACCCAUAAAACUGCAUCUCGAUCAUAAGCAGGACAAUACAUUGGCGGGAUCAUCGGUGGCAUGUGACAAUCGCGCAAAGCAACCGGUGCGUCGAAGCAGUAGCACACGGCGCAAGAUAUCGCCAACACAGCGGUCCGAUUUCACCAACUGUGUCUGCAGCGAAUCAGGGCUCGUUUUGCAACCGGGUCGUAACACGGUGACUCUUCAAACGAAAGCUACACGCGUAGGAACCUGGAGUUUCCGUCAACUGUCGAUACAAGUAGACACGGUAGAGUUUCUAUCCGAGGCGCUGCCGUGCACGAUUGAUAGCUUUGAAACUAUUACGAAGGCAUCCGUGGCCACAAUGAAUUUUGUGAACCUUGUCGCCGGUGUGGAGCAGCCGGUAGAAUUAGUCAUUUCGGCUGGCAGUUUCCGUUUUCCAAAGGAUGCCACGGCGACCAUACGCUGUUCGAAGAAUCUGAAAAUGAGACUAACGGAAUCCGUCGGCAUAGGAGCGGGUGAAACACGCCAACCAUUCGAAAAAGAACUGGUUGUACAGUUGACCGAUUUUGCUCCGUUCGAAAAGCGAAACAUUGCUCUAGAAGCGAUCUGCGAUCUUCCCGGCAAGCGGGAGGAACGAGCAAUCGAACAAAAGGUAUCUCUUCAAGUUCCGUGGAGUCGAAACGAAAUUACGAUUCCGCUUCACUUCAUGCCGGCACUCAUAGCAUCCUGCCGGUUGCAUUCGUCCGGUGAUCGCAAAUUUCUGCAAGUCGUCCUAAAAGGUGUCAGCGACUAUCGGCUCGUACUGCGCGAUGCACGUAUGACAUGUGCGGCCGAAGGAGUGACUAUCAUCGACAUUAAUCCACCCGAGCAGCAGGAAACGGUAAUGAGCAAAGCGCUGUCGAUUUCGUAUCUGUACGAGUUUCAGGUAGAGGCACUGAAGGCGGAAACCGAACUACCGAUUGUAAACGUCGACUUCCGAAUGCGAUUUGCCGAUGCCACUGUACCAGACGAAAGCCGAAACUACCUUCCGUACAGCGUUACGUUCGACGUGAUGGACUACACUACGCUGUUCACUAUCUGCGCAAAGGUAGAACCGCAGGAAUUAUGCCGUGUGAACUCCGUAUGUCACCUCAAUCUGCGCAUCUCGAAAGUACAUGACAAUCCAUAUUCAGAUCUGAUGUACGAAGUUCUAACGGAUCAAAACAUGUGGGCAGUCGUUGGUCGAACGGCAGGAGUUAUAUCCAUGGAAGAAGUUGAAAGUCACAGCAUUACUUUGGAUGUGCUCCCGUUAACGGCCGGUUUUUUGCCACUGCCCAACAUUCGCCUGUCGAAGUACAUUUCGGCGAACAAAUCCAAAAAUGAUACCCACUCUCGUUUGCAACCGUUUCCGCCCGGGCAGAUCUACAACUCGACCAAAAGCAUGCAAAUCCAUGUCCUUGCCAGCACCAACACCGACCAGCCCCAGUAG